UGAAAUGUGCCCAUCUCACCUCGAAAUGGGCAUUGCCCCACUCGUUUCCGCUUUACAUGACAGAUAGCUUCGAAUACUUUUUUCGGAUAGUUUAAACAAAUCUUGCUCGUUUUGGUCGAUUUUUAAUUCCCAUGAUGCGUUUUAUCCCGAAUCCUUCGGUGAAAAGUAAAUCGAUAUGUUCAGCCGACAUCCUUCAGCAAAGACGGCCUUUUCCGAAACCAUAUUGUGUUGGGCGGGGAGGGCUAAGGUAUGACAGUGGAUAAAGAUGGCAUUGCAGUCCGAACUACGUUUGAUACUACUUCUGCUGACUUGCACGGCGAUUCAAGGAGAGAUCCCUUUCCAAGUCCUGAACAAGCUACUAGAUGUGAAGAACCCUGCUGACUUAUUCCAUCUCUUCAACGUUAGCACAGACAGCAUUGGCCCAGAAAUGUCUGGUCCUUCUACAGACUUCAUCCCAGACUCUGUCCUUCGCGACGACUCCUUCCCAACGAUCGCAGCAAAAGACAAGCCGAUUCGAGGUCGACUUGGAGGCCUCGGAGGGGACCAGGGGAUUGUCCUCCUAGAUGACAGCGCUUUGGGCAGAAAUCCUUUUCUUUCUGAGAAGGUGACAGUAAGCAGGCAAGGUGCAGAUGUCGUGACAAGUCUCUUGUCAGAAAUUGACUUCUGCUCUCCGCGUGGAAUGGAAGUCAAGGUUCCGAACGAGCGCCCCAGCACGAUUGUCGUUCCCAGCUGCGUCAACCUGCAGAGAUGCGGCGGAUGUUGCCAUGCCGACAUAUUCCAGUGCGAACCUCUCGAAAUCAAGAAUACCACCAUUACAGUGAUGAAACUGGGAUUGGCAGAAGGAGGCGAUCUUGUACUGGAGGCCAUUGAAGGGAUUGAGAUGGAAGAACAUGCGAGCUGUCAGUGUGGAUGUAAGGUUAAACCCCACCACUGUAACCCUACCAUACACAAGUAUGAAGAUUGUGCCUGUUCCUGUCUGUCGCCCAGGCGAGAUUGUGAGGAAGGCAAGGUGUGGGAUGAGAAGGAAUGUCAGUGUGUGUGCCGGUCAGGAGAAACUAACUGUCGUAAGAGGUACUACUGGAGCCCAGACAGGUGUGAAUGUCUCUGUGCUGACAGACCCUGUCCUACUGGAAGAACUUUGGAUUUCAACACAUGCAAGUGCAAGAGGAACACCAGUCGAAGGCUGCAGGACAGCAGAACACCAUGUAAACGCAGGUGUCCACCAGGUGCUCUCUUGAAUCGUCGCCAUUGUACCUGUUCACAAGGACAAGGUCGGGGAAGAAUGCUGUCCCCUUUCCUGCCAUUUGAUUAUGGUAGUGGGGACAACUAAAGGCGCUUUUAGUUCCUUGGGGGACAAUGAGGAUUUUGAAGAAAAGCACUUGUACAUCAUAUGUACAGUAAUUGUACAUGUAACAUCUGUGUCCAUAAUAUCACCAGGGU